GAAUGUAAGCAAUUACAUAAACAAACCCUGGGGUUAAAGUCCUCCUUUCUUUUGGGACAGAAAGUGUCGGCAUAAUAUGCUGGUCUGAGAAUUGUUUGUUGCCCUAAGAAGAGAAUCAAGAAUUCCACUAAGUUUGUUAAUUUAACAGACUACAUUAAGAGAGUGUAGUUGAUGUUUAAUGAAAUGUUCAUUCCUCAGAUUAAGACUGUUGUGGAGACAAGAAUGUCUAGGAGUGAAGUUAAAUUUCUUAAAUUUGAGUUAAAUGACUAAUUUUUUUAUGGUUUUCUAGAUUUGAUUAGAAUGGCCUGACUUUCUUAAGACAUCCAAUAAAUAUAAGCUAGUUAUACUAACCUAUAAACACAAGGGGGCUUAUGAUUUGCAAAUCACUUGGUUUAUUUUUGUUUAAAUUUUCUAUUUCCAUUAUGUAGAUAAUUAAGCCAAUAAAAAAGCAACACAGAAAUUAUCAUAUAUCUGUGUUGAAGAUAUUUGGCAAAAGUAAAUCUAAAUUGGGCAUAAAUUUCCUAUUCAUUAGGACUUAUAUUAAAUCAGUUUAGAGAUAUAAAAUCUUUUUAACUAUUACCAAUCAUUAUAAUAUUAUUAUAGAUAAUAUAUUCAAAUACUUUUGAACUAAUAUAAUAUAGUAAAAUAUAAUAAUAAUGAUUGA